UGUCCUUUUCACCCCCAAGUUUCCUGCGGGUUGCACCCUUUGUCUCAUCCUUUUUUAUUGUUCCAUCAUCGCUGCUUGCAUUCCUCCCACUCCAUUAGACCCCUGUGGCAGCAAUGCACACACCAGCAGCAGCAGUACCGCCUCGUGUACUGGGAGCAUCGGUCUCGUAUUCUGACGAGACCGAAAGGUUCAUCGCCAUGCCAGCCCCGCACAAACCGUUGGCACUUCGCAGUCUCCAUAUGCUGGUCCCAAGGAUAGAUACGUCUUCCCCAAGUUGUAAAGGAAUUCCGAUGCAAGACGCCCAGAACAAGAGGCCUACUAUGGGUACCGGAAGGCACUCCAUUUUGACUCGAAAGGACAGUCUACCACUAUCUCCGUUGAUUGAGCAUGUUGAAAAGGGAUCUAAAAGUUUUAGCUUCCCGGGUGACGAUGAUGCUGUUGCCGAGUUGAUGGAGAUCGUUGGCUUGCGUCGGCCAAACGCACCCUCUCCCGUCUCACACUUGGUGGAAACGCCUCUAUUGAAUAAGCGCAGAAACUCUUCGGUCCCUCAGCUCUUUGAAAUGGAACAUGGACAGGAUGAUAGCGGAGAUACUCGCUCUCCUGUUAUUGAACCUCCGAGAUUAUCCGAAACGCCAUUCAAGCCGACUGCACGCAAGGGAUACUAUGACGAACCUUUGUCGCCGUGUUCCGAGUUGCGCAUGACUGAUAGAUCUCCGGUGUCCCGCACAAGGAAUCCAAUUCCUUUCAAUUCCCCGUUCUUGAAUCGUCGACGAAUGGCUUCUCCGCUCGCGGUUUCUCCCACGAUCGUGCGACGCGAACCUGGAGUCGAACUGGGUCUCUUGUCUCCAUCCCCUGAACUGAGAACUCCUUUCAUUUUCCGUUCUACCAAUCCUGUCCCCAGUCGCUUAGCCGAAUAUUCCUGCAGUGUCGACGUCCAAGGUCGGCCGCGCUCCAAGUCGGUCACCGACCUGGAUGGCCGUAUUCGCAUGGCAUUCGCUUGUUGAUAUGUACAAUUUCUUUGCUGAUGAUGUAGAUUUAGUCUUUCUUGUUUUUCUUUCUCACCCCACUUCUCUUGUUUACAAAUUCUUGUACAAAGCGAACAUCCCUUACUCUAGAGGGUCUAUUUGUGAAGUAGAGUAGUUGACUGUACAAUAAGCAAUUAUGAUUUUUCAAUUAGCAGUGGUCAGAUCU